AUGAAGCCGGAAGAUCUGAGAAGUUUGCUUAAGAAGGAGAAGCGCCUUCUGAACAGUUUAGAGCUAGUGGAGAGUUUCGUCAGUGACUAUGAUGAAGAGCGUGAUCGAAAAGAAAUUGAAGUUCGUUUGCAGCUGCUGGAAAGUGUUGUGAAUGAGUUCUUCGAUGUGCGUGAUAAGAUUGAAGUGCUAAUGGAUGAAGUUGCAGAUGACGAAGUUCCUGAUCCAGAGGAGUCAGAGAAGGCUCGAAAGGCGAGGCUGGAGAGUGCAUCGAAGAAGAGAGACGAGGAAAGUGAAGCCAUAAUCAGUGAUGUGCAGAACCGUUUUUGCAAGGCCAAGGCAGCGUUGAUGGAGCGGCGUCCGAAGAAGCAGGUUGAUCGUGCUGGGCCGUCAGGCCCGGCUGCCGGAAGUACCCUCUCGAGAGUGAAACUGCCCGAGAUCAAGCUACCAACCUUCGGCGGCAAACUUCGAGACUGGGUGUCGUAUCGCGAUGCAUUCCGAAGCUUGAUCCACCAGAAUCGGGAGCUCACCGACAUGGACAAGUUCACGUACCUUCGUUCAUCGUUGACGGGCGAGGCCCUUCAGGAAGUCAGCACCGUUGAACUUUCCGCAGCAAAUUAUGCAGUUGCCUGGACUGCAUUGGAGGAGCGCUACCACAACGAGAAGCUCAUCGUGAAGGCAUAUCUCGACGCCAUCUUUGGCAUUGAACCGAUGCGGAAGGAGAGCUACGAAGCGCUGAGCCAGCUCAUCAGCGACUUCGAAAAGAAUCUGCAGAUGCUGCAGAAGCUGGGACAAGACACCAAUGGCUGGAGCACUAUCCUAGUCCACAUGGUUUGUUCCAAGCUGGGCAGUGUUACGCUGCGGUUCUGGGAGUCGUCGCACAACUCCAAGAACGUACCCACCUACCGAAACCUGAUGAACUUUUUGAAGAACCAUUGUGCAGUUCUUCAAUCAGUUGGAGUGAGCAAACCUCCUUCCGCCGAAGUGAAGAAGCCCAAGGUAAGCGUCAGCCAUUCGUCCACAUCCUUCGGCCGGUGCUGUUUCUGCUCGGAAGCGUUCCAUCCGGCGUUCAUGUGCAAGAAGUUCCAGAAGUGGAAGAUCUCGGAGCGCUACGAUGCCGUUCGGAAGAAUGGCCUGUGCAUGAACUGCCUAUCGUCGGGUCACUUGGCGCGGAAUUGCAGCAAAGGAUCAUGCCGUAAAUGUGGGAGGAGACACCACACCCUGCUUCACGCUGAAAGCAACAGUGUCAACCCGCAAUCCUCCGUUCCACAGACGACAAAACGACCCCCAAGUGAACAACCAUCUCAGACACAGCAAACACAGGCGGGAAAACCAACACACCAAAAAGCACCAACCACAAACCACAACGAACCCAGCACUUCCUUGUCAAUCGUACAGACACAAUCGCAUAGCACCAACCCACAGAUCGCCACAGACCAUUCAGACACACUGCAACACACUGUAGCACUCCCAACACAAACAAACCCUUCCACACGACAAGUUCUGUUAUCAACCGCACUUGUGCGUAUCUGCGAUGCCACCGGGCGAUCAAUGCUGGCCAGAGCACUGCUAGACUCGUGUUCUCAGUAUUGCUUCGUCACCUCUGAAUUUUGUCGCCGCAUGGAUCUGGACGAGUUUCCUGAUUAUCUAGCGGUGAAGGGAAUUGGCGGUUCGGGAAGCGUUUCGCAGAAAGCUGUUCGUGCAACAGUCAGCCCUCGCUUUACCAGCAUCUCGGACUUCGAGGAAAUUAUACGCUUCAACGUCUUGGCAAAGCUGACUAUUCCACCCCCGUACGAAGGGUUCGAAACAAGCCAGUGGAAGCUGCCGGCCGACAUCGUUUUAGCUGACCCGGAGUUCUACCGAACAUCAGAGAUCGACAUGAUCAUCGGCGCCGAAUAUUAUCUCGAUCUGCUGCAGGAUGGGCGGUUCAGACUCAACGAGGACGGUCCGACGUUCCAGAACACCGUCUUUGGAUGGAUCGUCUCCGGUCGCAUCUCCAACAGCACACUCUCCGCACCUGCAACGACCACUACGCUUUGUUCCACGUCGGAACUCCAAGAACAGCUCACUCGUUUCUGGGAGCUCGAAAGUUGUCACCUAACGAGCACCUAUUCCGUGGAAGAGUCCACAUGCGAGGAGAUUUUUAAGCAAACGACCACCCGCGAUGAAGCCGGACGCUUCGUCGUAUCGCUGCCCAGGAAGGAGCACAUUAUCGAUCACCUGGGAAAUUCCAGAAGUAGCGCCGAGCGUCGUUUCAUGAGCUUGGAGCGCCUGUUCGCUACGAACCCAGAGCUGAAGAGGUUGUAUUGCGAGUUCAUGGAGGAAUAUGCGUCGAUGGGCCACAUGGAGAGAGUGAAUGAGGAGGAACUGUCUGGAUCAGUGUGCUACUUUCUGCCGCACCACGCUGUAUUGAAACCGGACAGCACAACAACAAAACUUCGCGUUGUGUUCGAUGCUUCGUGCAAGACCACGUCCGGCGAUUCCCUCAACGAUGGGUUGAUGGUAGGCCCCGUUGUUCAGGACGACCUGAUCUCAAUACACGCUCGUUUCCGCCUGCACCGAAUCGGCAUAGUAGCUGACGUAGCGAAAAUGUACAGGAUGAUCAAAAUGCAGCCACGAGAUCAGAAGCUACAGCUGAUUUUGUGGAGAGCCACGCCAGAGGAACCUAUCCAGGUGUUCCAGUUGACGACCGUUACGUACGGAACCGCAUCCGCUCCGUUUUUGGCUACACGUUGCCUAGUACAGCUAGCAGAAGAAGGUCAAUCCACCCACCCAACCGCGGCGAAAGUUGUUCGGAAGGAUUUUUACGUCGAUGACACGAUCACUGGCGUCGAUAGCCCUGCAGAAGGCAAGGCAUUUGUGGAGGAGAUGGUCAACCUGACCGAUUCUGCCGGUAUGAUGUUGAGAAAGUGGAAUUCGAACUGCGGAGAAGUGUUGAGCGAGCUGCAACCGCAUCUACGGGAUGACCGAGUUGUAUUCGAGAUGGAUUCCCCGCCGUCGAUCGCUACCGUGAAGACGCUGGGCCUUGUUUGGUGCCCUUCAUCCGACGAUUUCUACUUCACGGUGCCAAAGUGGAAUACGACACCGGUGGUUACGAAGCGAAUCGUGAUUUCCGAUGCAUCCAAGCUUUUCGAUCCCUUGGGACUAAUAGGACCGGUGGUCGUCGAAGCCAAGAUCUUCAUCCAAACUUUGUGGAAGUUGCUUGUGAACUGGGACGAUCCGCUCCCGGAAAACCUGCAAACUAUUUGGUUGGAGUACCGCAGGAACUUGAGUGCUCUCGAGUCCAUCCGUAUUCCACGAUGGGUCGGUUACACCAAGGAGUGCACUACGAUCGAAUGGCAUGGAUUUUGCGACGCUUCCGACAGCGCAUACGGCGCGUGUCUGUACCUCCGAUGUAGCUACGAGGAUGGCUCUGUGCGCGUUCAGCUGAUGAUGUCCAAGUCACGAGUCGCGCCAUUGGAGGAUUUGAAGAAGAAGAAGCGCAAGCAGUCGACGCCCCGACUGGAACUUUCAUCUGCUCUUCUGCUAAGCCAUCUUUACGAAAAGGUCAGCCAAGCCACUGGACUGACAAUUCCGUCGUUCUUCUGGACAGAUUCGAACAUUGUGAAGCAUUGGAUUGCGUCCACACCAUCCAGAUGGCAGACCUUCGUCGCGAACAGGGUGUCCGAAAUCCAACACCUGACGAAGGGUGGAGUCUGGAAUCACGUCGCAGGCAUCGAAAAUCCAGCAGACGUACUGUCGCGAGGUAUUUCGGCCACGCAGUUGGAAUAUCACUCCCUCUGGUUCAACGGUCCAGUUUGGCUGAGUCAAGAACGAAAGUCCGUAGCCCUACCGCUGCAAGCAGCAGCUCCGAACGAGAUCUUUUCGCUCCGCUCGUCACUAUUCGCUCUGGUUCGACUGGUAGCGGUAAUCCGUCGCUUCCGUCAUAACGCCCAGAGAGCUAACCGAAAUGCCCGGAAACUCGGUUCAGUCAGCACGCAGGAAUAUGAAGAAGCUUUGUUGCAGCUGGUUCGUCUGUCGCAAGAAGAAUGUUUCCCGGAGGAGAUUGCAAGUCUGUCCCGGGAAGAUCAGGUGAAGCAGUCGUCCAGAAUAUCGUCUUUGAAUCCCAAACUACGAGAUGGGAUACUCCAUGUUGGCGGCCGGCUCCGGAAUGCAUCGGUUUCCGAAAAUUGGAAGCAUCCAAUGAUCAUCGAUCACCGUCAUCCCCUCGCCACGUUGGUAGUUCGUCAUUACCAUGUAAAGAUGCUUCAUUCCGGACAACAAGUCGUCAUUGCAAGCGCCAGAGAACGAUUCUGGAUCCCGAGCAUUCGGAACCUCGUGCGAAAGGUCCUGCAUGAGUGUAUUACCUGCUUCCGAAUAAAACCAAGAUGCCAGGAACAGCUGAUGGCAGAGCUGCCACCUGAAAGGGUCAACCCGGCACCACCGUUCCUCAAGGUCGGUGUAGAUUAUUGCGGCCCGUUUCUGGUCACCUACCCACAGCGUCGCAGUUCUCCCGUCAAGUGCUUCGUAGCGAUAUUUGUCUGCCUUGUCACCAAAGCCGUUCACGUGGAGUUAGUCGCCGACCUCACCACGGCCGCGUUCCUAGCGGCCCUGCGGCGUUUCACGGCCCGUCGAGGACGUCCAGCCGUAAUCAUGUGCGACAAUGCCAAGAACUUUGUUGGAGCCAGGCGGGAACUUCGGCAGCUGUUAAACCUGUUCGAGCAGCAGCAAUUCCAAAACGCUGUAGCCAGCAACGCCACGGAUGAGAGAAUCGAGUUUAAGUUCAUCCCGGCCAGAUCGCCUAAUUUCGGUGGUCUGUGGGAAGCAGCCGUAAAAAGCUUCAAAAACUGCUUCAAAAAGAUCAUCGGAACUCGGACUCUCCUGUAUGACGAGAUGCAGACGGUGCUCACCCAGAUCGAAGCGGUUCUAAACUCCAGGCCCCUCACACCACUCAGCAAUGAUCCUGGAGACUUCGAGGCGCUUACGCCAAGACAUUUUCUGGUUCAACGUCCACUGACGGCGAUUGCUGAACCCGAUCUGGAGAAUGUUGCAGCUAACCGUCUCUCCGUCUGGCAAAGGGCGCAGGACUACGGCCAGCUGCUCUGGAAGAAGUGGAGCACACUUUACCUCUCCGAUUUGCAUAACCGGACCAAGUGGACCCGCCAGCGGGAUAACAUCGCCGUUGGAACCAUGGUUCUGCUGAUGGACGAGCGGCUUCCGCCGUUGAAGUGGAACCUCGGCCGCGUUACCGAAGUAUUCAGAGGCUCCGACGAUAACAUCCGCGUGGUAGACGUGCGCACAGCAAAUGGGGUUUUCCGACGAGCGAUUUCGAAGAUUUGCGUCCUUCCAAUCAGGGAUAACGCAACAUCUACCAGCGAUGAGGCAUAA